AUAUUCGUCUCUCUCUGUAUAGUAUGAACCUGACGUGGAGGGACAUGCAGCACCUGGUGGUGAGAACUUCUCACCCCGCCCACCUCAGCACUGACGACUGGAGGACCAAUGGAGUGGGCCGCAGAGGUAACAGGAGAGCUCUCAUUGGACAUGCCUUGGCUAACUGAACUACAUGAUAAAUGGACUCACUUGACUCUUCAUAACUUCUCUCAUGCUUUUUCUGUCUCAGUGAGUCAUUCGUAUGGGUAUGGUCUGCUGGAUGCGGGGGCCAUGGUGGCCCUGGCUCAGAACUGGACAAGUGUGGGCCCACAGCACCAGUGUGUUCUCACCAUGCUCUCAGAGCCUAGGGACAUAAGCAGCCGGCUGCUGUUCAGUAAGACAUUGGAUGCCUGCUGGGGCAAACCAGAGUAUGUCAGCUCUCUGGAGCACGUCCAGGCCUGCCUCACUCUCUCCUACAACCACAGAGGAAACCUGGCUAUACACCUCAUCAGCCCCCUAGGGACACGCUCUACACUGCUGGCACCCAGGUACUCUCACACACACACAUCUACUGUAGAUAUACAAAGGAAACCUCAUCAACCUCAUACAGUAUCAGUCCGCUAGAUAUACGAUCCCCCCAGGUAAACAUACACACGUUCACAGAAAAACAUAUGCAGUGCUUGUUGUUUUACAGCUCUGUUAGCUUGAAGUGUAUUUUUGACAGCCGUUCUGGGAGGUGUUGUUUUUGAAGAGCCCUGCUCUGUUCAUGGUGGUUGCAAUGAGAUGAAUGUUUUUUCUGUUUUUCUCUCUGUGUCUCUGUUUCUCUCUCUCUCUCUCUCCCCUCCUCUCGUUCUAUCCCCUCCUCUUUCUCUCCCCCUCUUUCUCUCUCCCACUUGCUCUCCCUCCCCAUGUCUCUCUCUAUCUCCCCCCCUCUAUCUCCCCCCCACUCUCUCUCGCCCUCUUUUCAGGCCUAAAGACUACUCAUCAGAGGGAUUUAAUGACUGGGCGUUCAUGACCACCCACUCAUGGGACGAGGACCCUCGAGGGGAGUGGACCCUGGAGAUAGAGAAUGUCUCAGAACAAGGGCACGACUAUGGUAACAGGACAUCUGUGUACAUUCAUACCCCUCCUCACAUACACCAGAGAGGCUCCGUCCUCCUCUAUUCUUUCUCCUUUCCCUCCUCUUCAAUCCAGAAGGUCUCCUCUGAUGUUGUUUGUUACAGUCUUAGUGUAGCAGGGGAAAUAAGAUGAGUGCUUCUCUCUACUCCCUCCGCCGCCUCUUCAUCCUUAUUCCUGUCCACACUAUAUCAGUUCACGUGCCUUUUCUCUCUCUCUCUCUCGCUCUCGCUCUCGCUCUCGCUCUCGCUCUCGCUCUCGCUCUCGCUCUCCUCUCUCUCUCUCUCUCUCUCUCUCUCAGGGCUUUAUUGGCAUGGGAAACAUAUGUUUACAUUGCCAAAGCAAGGGAAAUAGAUAAUAAACAAUAGUGAAAAAAUUGUUUUAUAGUAAACAUUAAAGUCACAAAACUUCCAAAGGAAUAGAGACAUUUCAAAUGUCAUAUUAUGGCUAUAUACAGUGUUGUAACGAUGUGCAAAUAGUUAAAGUACUAAAGGGAAGAUAAAUAAACAUAAAUAUGGUUUGUAUUUACAGUGGUUUUGUGUUCUCCAACAGGUCACAAAUCUUGCUGCUGUGAUGGCACAUUGUGGUAUUUCACCCAAUAGAUAUGGGAGUUUAUCAAAAUUGGAUUUGUUUUUGUAUUCAUUAUGGGUCUGUGUAAUAUGAGGGAAAUAUGUGUCUCUAAUAUGGUCAUACAUUUGGCAGGAGGUUAGGAAGUGCUGCUCAGUUUCCACCUCAUUUUGUGGGCGGUGUGCACAUAGCCUGUCUUCUCUUGAGAGCCAGGUCUGCCUACGGUGGCAUUUCUCAAUAGCAAAGCUAUGCUCACUGAGUCUGUGCAUAGUCAAAGCCUUCCUUAAUUUUGGGUCAGUCACAGUGGUCAGGUAUUCUUCUACUGUGUACUCUCUGUUUAGGGCCAAAUAGCAUUCUAGUUCUGUUUUUUGAUUAAUUAUUUCCAAUGUGUCAAGUAAUUAUCUUUUUGUUUUCUCAUGAUUUGGUUGGGUCUAAUUGUGUUGCUAUCCUGGGGCUCUGUGGGGUCUGUUUGUGAACAGAGCCCCAGGACCAGCUUGCUUAGGGGACUCUUAUCCAGGUUCAUCUCUCUGUAGGUGAUGGCUUUGUUAUGUAAGGUUUGGGAAUCACUAUACUUUUAGGUGGUUGCAGAAUUUAACGGCUCUUUUCUGGAUUUUGAUACAGUGAGGGAAAAAAGUAUUUGAUCCCCUGCUGAUUUUGUACGUUUGCCCACUGACAAAGAAAUGAUCAGUAUAUAAUUUUAAUGGUAGGUUUAUUUGAACAGUGAGAGACAGAAUAACAACAAAAAAAUCGCAAAUGGAAGAAACACAAAAGAACUGUCAAUCUCCCUCGGCCUGGGGCUCCAUGCAAGAUCUCACCUCGUGGAGUUGCAAUGAUCAUGAGAAUGGUGAGGAAUCAGCCCAGAACUACACGGGAGGAUCUUGUCAAUGAUCUCAAGGCAGCUGGGACCAUAGUCACCAAGAAAACAAUUGGUAACACACUACGCCGUGAAGGACUGAAAUCCUGCAGCGCCCGCAAGGUCCCCCUGCUCAAGAAAGCACAUAUACAGGGCCGUCUGAAGUUUGCCAAUGAACAUCUGAAUGAUUCAGAGGAGAACUGGGUGAAAGUGUUGUGGUCAGAUGAGACCAAAAUCGAGCUCUUUGGCAUCAACUUAACUCGCCGUGUUUGGAGGAGGAGGAAUGCUGCCUAUGACCCCAAGAACACCACCCCCACAGUCAAACAUGGAGGUGGAAACAUUAUGCUUUGGGGGUGUUUUUCUGCUAAGGGGACAGGACAACUUCACCGCAUCAAAGGGACGAUGGACGGGGCCAUGUACCGUCAAAUCUUGGGUGAGAACCUCCUUCCCUCAGCCAGAGCAUUGAAAAUGGGUCGUGGAUGGGUAUUCCAGCAUGACAAUGACCCAAAACACAUGGCCAAGGCAACAAAGGAGUGGCUCAAGAAGAAGCACAUUAAGGUCCUGGAGUGGCCUAGCCAGUCUCCAGACCUUAAUCCCACAGAAAAUCUGUGGAGGGAGCUGAAGAUUCGAGUUGCCAAACGUCAGCCUCGAAACCUUAAUGACUUGGAGAAGAUCUGCAAAGAGGAGUGGAACAAAAUCCCUCCUGAGAUGUGUGCAAACCUGGUGGCCAACUACAAGAAACGUCUGACCUCUGUGAUUGCCAACAAGGGUUUUGCCACCAUGUACUAAGUCAUGUUUUGCAGAGGGGUCAAAUACUUAUUUCCCUCAUUAAAAUCCAAAUAAAUGUAUAACAUUUUUGACAUGCGUUUUUCUGGAAUGUCUUUCUGUCUCUCACUGUUCAAAUAAACCUACCAUUAAAAUUAUAGACUGAUCAUGUCUUUGUCAGUGGGCAAACGUACAAAAUCAGCAGGGGAUCAAAUACUUUUUUCCCUCACUGUAAUUAGUGGGUAUCGGCCUAAUUCUGCUCUGCAUGCAUUAUUUUGUGUUUUAUGUUGAACACGGGGGAUAUUUUUGCAGAAUUUUGCAUGCAGAGUCUCAAUUUGGUGUUUGUCCCAUUUUGUGAAUUUUUGGUUGGUGAGUGGACCCCAGACCUCAACCAUAACGGGCAAUGGGUUCUAUAACUGAUUCAAGUACCAGAUCCUAAUUGGUAUGUCAAAUUUUAUGUUCCUUUUGAUGGUGUAGAAGGCCCUUCUUGCCUUGUCUCUCAGAUUGUUCACAGCUUUGUGGAAGUUACCUGUGGCGCUGAUGUUUAGGCCGAGGUAUGUGUCUUUUUUUUUGUGUGCUCUAGGGCAACGGUGUCUAGAUGGAAUUUGUAUUUGUGGUCCUGGCAACUGGACCUUUUUUGGAACACCAUUAUUUUUGUCUUACUGAGAUUUACUGUCAGGGCCCAGGUCUGACAGAAUCUGUGCAGAAGAUCUAGGUGCUGUGGUAGGCCCUCCUUGGUUGGGGACAGAAGAACCAGAUCAUCAGCAAACAGUAGACAUUUUACUUCAGAUUCUAGUAGGGUUAGGCUGGGUGCUGCAGACUGUUCUAGUGCCCUCGCCAAUUCGUUGAUAUAAAGUGCAUUAGGAAAGUAUUCAGACCCCUUGACUUUUUCCACAAUUUGUUAGGUUACAGCUUUAUUCUAAAAUGGAUUAAAUUGUAUUUUUUUCCUCAUCAAUCUACACACAAUACCCCAUAAUGACAAAGCAAAAACAGGUUUUUAGAAAUCUUAGCAAAUUUAUAAAAUAAAAGGAAAUAUCACAUUUACAUAAGUAUUGAGACCCUUUACUCAGUACUUUGUUGAAACACUUUUGGCAGCAAUUACAGUCUUGAGUCUUCUUGGGUAUAACGCUACAAGCUUGGCACACCUGUAUUUGGGGAGUUUCUCCCAUUCUUCUCUGAAGAUCCUCUCAAGCGCUGUCAGGUCGGAUGGGGAGCGUCACUGCACAGCUAUUUUUAGGUCUCUCCAGGGAUGUUCGAUCGGGUUCAAGUGCGGGCUCUGGCUGGGCCACUCAAGGACAUUCAGAGACUUGUUCCGAAGCCACUCCUGCGUUGUCUUGGCUGUGUGCUUAGGGUCGUUUUUCUUGUUGGAAGGUGAACCUUCACCCCAGUCUGAGGUCCUGAGUGCUCUGGAGCAGGUUUUCAUCAAGGAUCACUCCGUACUUUGCUCCGUUCAUCUUUCCCUCAAUCCUGACUAGUCUCCAAGUCCCUGCCGCUGAAAAACAUCCCCACAGCAUGACGCUGCCACCACCAUGCUUCACCGUAGGGAUGGUGCCAGGGUUCCUCCAGACGUGGCACUUGGCAUUCAGGCCAAAGAGUUCAAUCUUGGUUUCAUCAGACCAGAGAAUCUUGUUUCUCAUGGUCUGAGAGUCCUUUAGGUGCCUUUUGACAAACUCUAAGCAGGCUGUCAUGUGCCUUUUACUGAGGAGUGGCUUCCAUCUGGCCACUCUACCAUAAAUGCCUGAUUGGUGGGUUGAUUGAUUAUCCUUCUGGAAGGUUCUCCCAUCUCCACAGAGGAACUCUGGAGCUCAUUCAGAGUGACCAUCGUGUUCUUGGUCACCUCCCUGACCAAGGCCCUUCUCCCCCGAUUGCUCAGUUUGGCCGGGCGGCCAGCUCUAGGAAGAGUCUUGGUGGUUCCAAACUUCUUCCAUUUAAGAAAGAUUGAGGCCACUGUGUUCUUGGGGACCUUCAAUGCUGCACACUUUUGGUCCCCUUCCCCAGAUCUGUGCCUCGAGACAAUCCUGCCUCGGAGCUCUACGGACAAUUCCUUCGACCUCAUGGCUUGGUUUUUGCUCUGAUACAGUUGAAGUCGGAAGUUUACGUACAUCUUAGCCAAAUACAUUUAAACUCAGUUUUUCACAAUUCCUGACAUUUAAUCCUAGUAAAAAUUCCCUGUCUUAGGUCAGUUAGGAUCACUACUUUAUUUUAAGAAUGUGAAAUGUCAGAAUAAUAGUAGAGAGUGAUUUAUUUCAGCUUUUAUUUAUUUCAUCACAUUCCCAGUGGGUCAGAAGUUGACAUACACUCAAUUAGUAUUUGGUAGUAUUGCCUUUAAAUUGUUUAACUUGGGUCAAACGUUUCCGGUAGCCUUCCACAAGCUUCCCACAAUAAAUUGGGUGAAUUUUGGCCCAUUCCUCCUGACAGAGCUAGUGUGACUGAGUCAGGUUUGUAGGCCUCCUUGCUCGCACACGCUUUUUCAGUUCUGCCCACAAAUGUUCUAUAGCAUUGAGGUCAGGGCUUUGUGAUGGCCACUCCAAUACCUUGACUUUGUUGUCCUUAAGCCAUUUUGCCAUAACUUUGGAAGUAUGCUUGGGGUCAUUGUCCAUUUGGAAGACUCAUUUGCGACCAAGCUUUAACUUCCUGACUGAUGUCUUGAGAUGUUGCUUCAAUAUAUCCACAUAAUUUUCCUUCCUCAUGAUGCCAUCUAUUUUGUGAAGUGCACCAGUCCCUCCUGCAGCAAAGCACCCCCACAGCAUGAUGCUGCCACCCCCGUGCUUCACGUUGGGAUGGUGUUCUUCGGCUUGCAAGCAUCCCCCUUUUCCUCCAAACAUAACGAUGGUCAUUAUGGCCAAACAGUUCUAUUUUUGUUUCAUCAGACCAGAGGACAUUUCUCCAAAAAGUACGAUCUUUGUCUCCAUGUGCAGUUGCAAACCGUAGUCUGACUUUUUUAUGGUGGUUUUGGAGCAGUGGCUUCUUCCUUGCUGAGCGGCCUUUCAGGUUAUGUUGAUAUAGGACUUGUUUUACUGUGGAUAUAUAUACUUUUGUACCUGUUUCCUCCAGCAUAUUCACAAGGUCCUUUGCUGUUGUUCUGGAAUAUAUUUGCACUUUUCGCACCAAUGUUCAUCUCUAGAAGACAGAACGUGUCUCCUUCCUGAGCGGUAUGAUGGCUGCGUGGUCCCAUGGUGUUUAUACUUGCGUACUAUUGUUUGUACAGAUGAACGUGGUACCUUCAGGUGUUUGGAAAUUGCUCCCAAGGAUGAACCAGACUUGUGGAGGUCUACCAUUUUUUUUCUGAGGUCUUUGCUGAUUUCUUUUGAUUUUCCCAUGAUGUCAAGCAAAGAAGCACUGAGUUUAAAGGUAGGCCUUGAAAUACAGAGUGGAGAACAAGUAUUUGAUACACUGCCGAUUUUGCAGGUUAUUCUACUUACAAAGCAUGUAGAGGUCUGUAAUUUUUAUCAUAGGUACACUUCAACUGUGAGAGACGGAAUCUAAAACAAAAAUCCAGAAAAUCACAUUGUAUGAUUUUUAAGUAAUUAAUUUGCAUUUUAUUGCAUGACAUAAGUAUUUGAUCACCUACCAACCAGUAAGAAUUCCGGCUCUCACAGACCUGUUAGUUUUUCUUUAAGAAGCCCUCCUGUUCUCCACUCAUUACCUGUAUUAACUGCACCUGUUUGAACUCGUUACCUGUAUAAAAAACACCUGUCCACACACUCAAUCAAACAGACUCCAACCUCUCCACAAUGGCAAAGACCAGAGAGCUGUGUAAGGACAUCAGGGAUAAAAUUGUAGACCUGCACAAGGCUGGGAUGGGCUACAGGACAAUAGGCAAGCAGCUUGGUGAGAAGGCAACAACUGUUGGCGCAAUUAUUAGAAAAUGGAAGAAGUUCAAGAUGACGGUCAAUCACCCUCGGUCUGGGGCUCCAUGCAAGAUCUCACCUCGUGGGGCAUCAAUGAUCAUGAGGAAGGUAAGGGAUCAGCCCAGAACUACACGGCAGGACCUGGUCUAUGACCUGAAGAGAGCUGGGACCACAGUCUCAAAGAAAACCAUUAGUAAUACACUACGCCGUCAUGGAUUAAAAUCCUGCUGCGCACGCAAGGUCCCCCUGCUCAAGCCUGUCCAGGCCCGUCUGAAGUUUGCCAAUGACCAUCUGGAUGAUCCAGAGGAGGAAUGGGAGAAGGUCAUGUGGUCUGAUGAGACAAAAUUAGAGCUUUUUGGUCUAAACUCCACUCGCCGUGUUUGGAGGACGAAGAAGUAGGAGUACAACCCCAAGAACACCCAUCCCAACCGUGAAGCAUGGAGGUGGAAACAUCAUUCUUUGGGGAUGCUUUUCUGCAAAGGGGACAGGACGACUGCACCGUAUUGAGGGGAGGAUGGAUGGGGCCAUGUUUCGCGAGAUCUUGGCCAACAACCUCCUUCCCUCAGUAAGAGCAUUGAAGAUGGGUCGUGGCUGGGUCUUCCAGCAUGACAACGACCCGGAACACACAGCCAGGGAAACUAAGGAGUACCUCUGUAAGAAGCAUCUCAAGGUCCUGGAGGGUCCUAGCCAGUCUCCAGACCUGAACCCAAUAGAACAUCUUUGGAGGGAGCUGAAAGUCCAUAUUGCCCAGCGACAGCCCCGAAACCUGAAGGAUCUGGAGAAGGUCUGUAUGGAGGAGUGGGCCAAAAUCCCUGCUGCAGUGUGUGCAAACCUGAUCAAGACCUACAGGAAACGUACGAUCUCUGUAAUUGCAAACAAAGGUUUCUGUACCAAAUAUGAAGUUCCUGCUUUUCUGAUGUAUCAAAUACUUAUGUCAUGCAAUAAAAUGCAAAUUAAUUACUUAAAAAUCAUACAAUGUGAUUUUCUGGAUUUUUGUUUUAGAUUCCGUCUCUCACAGUUGAAGUGUACCUAUGAUAAAAAUUACAGACCUCUACAUGCUUUGUAUGUAGGAAAACCUGCAAAAUCGGCAGUGUAUCAAAUACUUGUUCUCCCCACUGUACAUCCACAGGUACACCUCCAAUUGACUCAAAUGAUGUCAAUUAGCCUAUCAGAAGCUUCUAAAGCCAUUACAUCAUUUUCUGGAAUUUUCCAAGCUGUUUAAAGGCACAGUCAACAUGUAAACUUCUCACCCACUGGAAUUGUGAUACAGUGAAUUAUAAGUGAAAUAAUCUGUCUGUAAACAAUUGUUGGAAAAAUGACUUGUGUCAUGCACAAAGUAGAUGUCCUAACCGACUUGCCAAAACUAUAGUUUGUUAACAAGAAAUUUGUGGAGUGGUUGAAAAACGAGUUUUAAUGUCUCCAACCUAAGUGUAUGUAAACCUCCGACUUCAACUGUAUGCACUGUCAACUGUGGGACCUUAUAUAGACAGGUGUGUGCCUUUCCAAAUCAUGUCCAAUCAAUUUCAUUUACCACAGGUGGACUCCAAUCAAGUUGUAGAAACAUUUCAAGGAUGAUCAAUGGAAACAGGAUGCACCUGAGCUCAAUUUCAAGUCUCAUAGAAAAGGGUCUGAAUACUUAUGUAAAUAAGGUAUUUCAGUUUAUUUGUUAUACAUUUGCAAAAAUUUCUAAAAACCUGUUUUCGCUUUGUCAUUUUGAGGUAUUGUGUGUAGAUUGAUGAGGGAAAAAAUUAAUUUAAUCCAUUUUAGAAUAAGGCUGUAACGUAACAAAAUGUGGAAAAAGGGAAAUUCUGAAUAUUUUCCGAAUGCACUGUAUAUGCUGAAAAGGGUGGGUCUGCAUCCCUGUCUCACUCCACAGCCCUGGGGAAAGAAAUGUGUGUGUUUUUUGCCAAUCAUAACCGCACACCGUUGUUUGUGUACAUGGAUUUUAUAAUGUCAUAUGUUUUUCCCCUAAUACCGCUUUCCAUCAAUUUGUAUUGCAGAUCUUCAUGCCAAAUUGAGUCAAAAGCGUUUUUGAAAUCAACAAAGAAUGAAAAGACUUUGCCUUUGUUUUGGUUUGUUUGUUUGUCAAUUAGGGUGUGCAGUUACCUCUCUCUCGCUCUCAUUCUUUCUCUCUCUCAUUCUCUGUCAGGUGUUCUUAGUCAGCCUUUCUCCUCCUCUCCCUGGGUUUGUCAGUCAGCUCACCUCCCUCUUCCCUCUUCCUCAUCAUUAUAUUACUAUCUCUCUGACACACUCACCCAGUCUACCUCUCUCCUCUUGGGGGUAUUGAAUUGUUCAUUCUCUCUGUUCUUCUUUCUCCUCUCUCUUGAGUUUGAAAUGUGUUCACUCUCUCUCUCCUCCCCAUCUCUCAGGUGUGUUGAGUCAGUUUACUCUGAUCCUGUACGGUACGGGCUCCAGCUCCAUUAACCCCUCGUCUCCUGACUUCCCCCGGCCGUCCAACAACAGCUGCAAGACCUUCGACGCCCAGCAGAUCUGCAUAGGUGAGACUGACUGUCUGAGACACACUGAGACAACUAGCUAGCACUAAGAUUCCUACUCUCUUUACACAUUGAGACAGCGCCCUCCAUUGGUAACUGCUGGUACUGAUGACGGGACAUGUUGAGUUCCUAGCUCAUUGCUAUGGACAGUAUUCACUUACUAGACCUACUUAUGAAGUUAUGAAGCCUAGCUCAGGUCAUAAAAUAUUCAGAGUGUCUAGUUUGAGGGCUGCGCGAAAGCAUGAAUACACAUUUAAUGCCAAGCCAAACCCAUUUGAAAGUUAAAUGUCUCUCUUAUCGUGAUGCAUGAGUAUGCAUCACCCCAAAUGUGUGAGAAAACAACAUAUGUGGUGUCACUUUGGAAAAGCAGAGAGGGGUAUGUAGUAGUGGCUGGCAGGCAGGCAGCAGUAGGGCUGUGACAUUGAGAGAGGUGUUGGGUUGGAGAGCAGCUGUGUUUUGGGAGGCUGAGAGGAGGCAGAUGGGGUCAGAAGCCUCUUGGUGACACUCGGCAUGUGGAUGUGGGCUUCUCAUGCAUAUGGCAGGACUGUUAAAAGGUUUCAGGCAUGUUUUUGCCUUUUUGUGUGGGGUUGUAUGUACGAAUGUUUGUCCCCACUGACUGCUCAGAAAAGCAGCACCUCAUCCCCCUUUGUAUGUGUAUCAUCUCGCUUUCUCGCUCUCUCUCACUCAUCUCUUCCUCUUUCUCUUUCCCUCUUCCCCUCUCUCCCCAUAUCCAGAGUGCAGCCCAGGCUUCUCCCUGUUCCUGCAGGGUUGUGUGAAGCUCUGCCCCCCUGGCUUCACCUCAGGCCCCCAGCUCCUCAACCUGUCCCUGGACAACUGGGUGGACUUGUCCUCCAUCCAGGCCUGCCUGCCCUGCCACCCUGCCUGCCUCACCUGCUCCAGCCCUGGGCCCAACGACUGCCUCUCCUGCCCCCCUCACAGUCACCUGGUCCUCACCGCCUGCCUGCACCAGAACCAGGUCCAGCGCAAGUCCCCAACUGGCCCCGUCCUCCAGGGAGAGGGGAGUGCACCAGGGGAGAGCCCAGUGGGGUCAGAGCAGGGGGGAGAGGAAGAGUCUCCAGGGCCUAGCCUGGGCCUGUCCUCCCCUCUGGUCACCCUGCUGGCGGUGCUCAGCUGUGCCUUCAUCUUGGCAGCCUUCGCCGGGGUCUUCCUCCUGCUGCAGCUGCGCUCAGGUGGUGCCCCCUGGGCCCGGAGGACCAAACUGCACUCUGUGGAGACAGGCGGAGGGGCCUCGGGGGGCAUCCGUGUGGGCUUUGGCUUCGGCCUGGGGCUGGGCUGGGAGAGGCAGGGCAGGGUGUCCUAUAAAGGGAUCCCCACCGUGUGGGGGGACGAGGACCAGGUAACACUGGGGGGCUCUGAGUCGGACAGCGAGGAGCUGGACUGCCACAGUGAGAGGACAGCCUUUAUCAGGACACAGAGCUCCCUC